GCACUAUGCCCUUUCGACCCCCCUCACAAACUGCAACCCGCUUCACACUCCACUCCCCAUCCCUUAAGAGCUCUAAUUGAGACGGGGGACGCAGCUGCAAUUCGGAAACGAGCCAGUCGCCGUCGACCACUGCAGCGCCGGGCAUGGGCCGCCGAGCCGUUCGAUUGGCUCCCUCGACGCCCACGUGACCAGGCUUGCUGGAUGCUGCCGUGCAAAAAAAAAAAAAAAAAAAAAAAAAAGCAGGCAGCUUGAAGGGUAGAUGGGAUGGAGGCUGUCACUGCUAUCGCAAUGGGGUCAAGAGGUAGUCCAAGAUGGCUGCAGCAUCAUAUGAUCAGCUGCUAAAGCAAGUGGAGGCCCUGAAAAUGGAGAACUCCAACUUGAGACAAGAGCUGGAGGACAACUCGAACCAUCUCACCAAGCUGGAGACGGAGGCCUCUAAUAUGAAGGAGGUGCUGAAGCAGCUACAAGGAGGUAUCGAAGACGACACUAAAGAUUCCCAAGGCCAGACUGACUUUUUGGAGAGACUGAAAGAGAUGACUCUGGAGUCAAACAGUUUUUCGGGGGUGAAGCUGAGAGCGAAGCCGCCCAUGCCGGGGUCAAACCUGGGGUGCUCCGCUGACAGCAGCCCCAUGGGAUCCUUUUCCAGAAAGGGAAUGACCAAUGGUGGUCGAGACAGUGCCGGAUACCUUGAGGAGUUAGAAAAAGAAAGGUCCUUGCUGAUGGCCGAGCUGGAGAAAGAAGAAAAAGAAAAGGACUGGUACUAUGCACAAUUACAAAAUCUUACGAAAAGGAUCGACAGCCUGCCACUCACUGAAAAUUUCUCUUUACAGGCCGACAUGACUCGUAGGCAGCUGGAAUACGAGGCUCGCCAGAUCCGGGCAGCAAUGGAGGAGCAGCUGGGCACAUGCCAGGACAUGGAGAAGAGGGCACAGGUGCGUUUGGUGCGAAUCCAGCAGAUAGAAAAGGACAUGCUGAGGUUGAGACAGCACUUACAGCCCCAGCCUGUAGAACCUGAGGUCAAACAUGAUGUUGUAGCCCAGCCUGAGGUGGCACAGGCAUCGGGAGACACUGGCAUUGGGAGUGGAGCUUGCUCUCAGCAGGGUUUAAGCUCUACUCGGGAUCCAGACACAGUCAGUGAGAUGAGUAGUGGGGGAAGCUACUCGGUCCCACGCAGACUCACCAGUCAUCUAGGCACCAAGGUGGAAAUGGUGUACUCCCUGCUCUCCAUGCUGGGCACCCAUGACAAGGACGACAUGUCCCGUACUCUCCUGGCCAUGUCCAGCUCUCAGGACAGCUGCAUAGCUAUGCGUCAGUCUGGCUGCUUGCCGCUGCUCAUCCAGCUUCUGCACGGCAAUGACAAGGACUCGGUGCUGCUGGGCAAUUCCAGGGGCAGCAAGGAGGCCAGAGCCAGGGCCAGCGCCGCCCUGCAUAACAUCAUCCACUCGCAACCAGAGGACAAGCGUGGUCGGAGGGAGAUCCGGGUGCUCCACUUGCUGGAGCAGAUCAGGGCUUAUUGUGAGACCUGUUGGGAGUGGCAGGAGAGUCAUGAGCGUGGAGUAGACCAAGACAAAAACCCGAUGCCUUCACCUAUGGAGCAUCAGAUCUGCCCGGCAGUGUGUGUUCUUAUGAAGCUUUCCUUUGAUGAGGAGCAUAGACAUGCUAUGAAUGAACUGGGUGGACUGCAGGCGAUAGGGGAACUAUUGCAGGUGGACUGUGAAAUUUAUGGUCUUACCAGUGACCACUACAGUGUUACACUAAGAAGAUAUGCUGGCAUGGCUCUCACCAACUUAACAUUUGGAGAUGUAGCCAACAAGGCCACACUUUGCUCUAUGAAGGGAUGUAUGAGGGCCAUGGUAGCCCAACUGAAAUCUGAGAGUGAGGAUUUGCAGCAGGUAAUCGCAAGCGUGUUGAGGAACCUGUCUUGGCGUGCUGAUGUGAACAGUAAAAAAACACUGCGUGAGGUGGGCAGUGUUAGGGCUCUCAUGGAAUGUGCCCUAGAUGUUCAGAAGGAAUCGACGUUAAAAAGCGUCCUUAGUGCCCUUUGGAACUUAUCUGCCCAUUGUACCGAAAACAAAGCUGACAUCUGCUCUGUUACUGGAGCUUUAGCCUUUUUAGUAAGCACUCUUACCUACAGAAGCCAAACCAACACCCUUGCCAUUAUAGAAAGUGGAGGAGGCAUCCUAAGGAAUGUAUCAAGCCUCAUAGCUACAAACGAGGAGCACAGGCAAAUCCUGAGGGAAAAUAGCUGUCUGCAGACCCUUCUUCAACAUCUUAAAUCUCACAGUUUAACCAUAGUGAGCAAUGCUUGUGGAACUCUUUGGAACCUCUCUGCUCGAAAUUCCAAAGACCAGGAGGCACUAUGGGAAAUGAAUGCAGUUAGUAUGCUGAAAAACCUAAUUCACUCCAAGCACAAAAUGAUUGCAAUGGGCAGUGCUGCAGCUCUGAGAAACCUCAUGGCCAAUCGACCUGCCAAGUACAAGGACGCCAACAUUAUGUCUCCUGGAUCUAGCCUGCCUUCACUACACGUACGAAAACAGAAAGCAUUAAUUGAGGAACUAGACGCACAGCAACUUUCUGAAACAUUUGAUAACCUAGACAAUUUGAGUCCUAAAGCCUCUCACAGGAAUAAGCCUCGGCACAAGCACAACGUUUAUGGCGAUUAUGAUGGGGUAUGCCGGACAGAUGGCUAUAACGCUAGCGGUGUUGGCGUUCGCUCCCCUUACAUUAAUACACCAGUUCUCUCCAGUCCAUCGCCCCGGGAAAAUAGAGGAAAUCCGGAAAGUGUCAGGACUGAGAGGGACAAGAGUCUGGAUAGGGAGCGAAGAGGUCUGCAUCCAGAUCCUGACUCUGGGAAAAGAAUGGGAAUGCAGAUGUCUACCACUGCAGCACAAAUAGCAAUGGUAAUGGAGGAAGUACAGAGCAUGCACUUAGGCCUAGAUGACAGAAAUACAGGAUCUACUUCUGACCCUCACGCUGUGCCGGACGACAUGAUCAGACGUCAGACUGGUGUUCACAGCCACCAAAAUAUGUACAGCUUUGGUAAACCAGACACAUCAGGCAGACCCUGCCCAAUGCCCAAGCUAGAGUAUAGAGCAUCCAGUGACAGUCUAAAUAGCGUCAAUAGCGCCGAUGGUUAUGGCAAAAGAGGUCAGAUGAAACCUGUAGACUCUUAUUCUGAAGAUGAUGAAAGCAAAUGUUGUAUAUACAGAAAAUAUCCAGCUGAUCUUGCCCAUAAAAUACACAGUGCAAAUCAUAUGGAGGAUGACGAUGGAGAUCUGGACACGCCAAUUAACUACAGCUUAAAGUAUUCCGAUGAGCAGCUCAACUCUGGCCGACAAAGCCCCAACCAGAGUGAGAGGUGGGCAAGGCCCAAAAUCUUAGAUGACGAGCUUAAACGCUCAGAUCACAAACCACAAAGGUCACAAAGCCCUGGAUACCCAAUGUACCCAGAGGGAAAUGGGGAAGGUGAAGAUAAACUUAAAAAAUAUCAGCCCAUGUAUGUUAAACAGGAUAUCCCAGGAGGAUUCAGAUCAAGAGGAUCCAAUGAGCAAAACACCAGUGUGUCCAAUCACAGUAUGAACAAGAAAAUUAACCAAACAAUUUGCACUGUGGAUGAUUUUGCUGACGACAAACCAACCAACUACAGCGAGAGAUACUCAGAGGAAGAACAACUUGAUGAACAGCCCACCAAUUAUAGCAUUAAAUACAACGAAGACCACCACAUCGAACAACCUAUUGAUUACAGUCUAAAGUAUUCUGAUAGUUCCUCCAAAAAAUCAGUGUUCAGUCAUUCAAAGACAUCUUCUCAGAGCUCUGUCAAGGACCAGUUAAACCAGGACAGUUCAUCUUCUGUUUUGUCACUGAAGACUCAAAGCAGGCAAAAGCAGCUCCCACCAUCUUCGGCUCAAAAUCGACCAGGGCCUGGCAGAGCUAUUCAGAAGACGGCUUGCAAGACUCCUACAGUCAAUCAAGAAACACUACAGACCUAUUGUGUGGAAGACACGCCUAUAUGUUUCUCUAGAGGAAGCUCCCUGUCAUCCUUGUCUUCUGAAGAUGAAAUGGAUAGCUGUAAGCGGACUGUUAACGUAGCAAACAAUUAUUCAGCGGUGUCUGUUUCUGAGAAGCCGUCCAAUAAUGUUUCAGAUCAGCGCACAACAGAUAGUCAAUCAUCUGGGCAUUUUGUUAGAAUGAAGCCUGCAAGACACCAAGGGCAUGCUGCGCAUGGUGAUGGUCCCAGACAUCACAAAGCAGUAGAAUUUUCAUCUGGUGCAAAAUCCCCAUCUAAAAGUGGUGCUCAAACCCCCAAAAGUCCACCUGAGCAUUACAUACAAGAGACCCCGCUUGUGUUUAGUAGAUGUACUUCAGUCAGCUCUCUUGACAGCUUUGAGAGUCACUCCAUUGCAAGCUCUGUACAGAGCGAGCCAUGCAGCGGAAUGGUCAGCGGAAUAAUUAGUCCUAGUGAUCUUCCCGAUAGUCCGGGUCAAACGAUGCCUCCCAGCCGAAACAAGACUCCACCACCACCACCUCCACGUUCAACGUCUAUAAAGCCGAAAGUCACUGUUCUACCCCAUGCUGAGAAAAGGGAUUUUGCCCCAAGGCACGCAGCUGUCAGUGCUGCCGUUCAGAAGGUGCACGUGCUUCCAGAUAAUGACACAUUUUUACACUUUGCUACAGAGAGUACCCCGGAGGGAUUUUCAUGUGCCUCCAGCCUUAGUGCAUUAAGCCUGGAUGAACCAUUUAUUCAAAAGGAUGGCGAGUUGAAGAUAAUGCCUCCCGUUCAUGAGGAUGACCACGUGAACCUAACAGAACCAGAAAAAGAGGAGACUGAAGAGUUCAAGAGACAAGAGAAGCCUUCGGGAUCUACUGAGCCCGAGAAAGACAUACUGGACGACUCUGAUGACGACGAUGACAGCGAUAUCCUGGUAGCAUGUAUAAAUUCAGCCAUGCCCACAAAAUCUUCAAGAAAACCCAAGAAACAAACACCCCAAGCUGCCUCAAGAAUACCACCACCAGUGACCCGUAAAACAAGUCAACUCCCAGUUUACAAGCUACUUCCUUCACAAAGCAGAGUACAGCAACAGAAACAUAUGGCACUAAGUCAUGGAGAGGAUAUGCCACGGGUAUAUUGUGUUGAAGGUACUCCUACCAACUUUUCCACAGCGACUUCUCUUAGUGACCUUACUAUUGAUUCACCACCGAAUGAGUUAGCUACCAUUGACAUCUCAGCAUCCCAAGCAGAGGCAUCCAAUCUCAGACGAGACACCGUCCCAGAAGGAAAAAGUGCAGAAACGCAGAAUAUUGGGGUUUCUUUUAAUGCACAGUGUGCAUCUAACGAGAACGAAGGGGAUGACAUUCUUGCCGAGUGUAUUAAUUCCGCAAUGCCAAAAGGUAAAAUACACAAGCCUUUUAGAGUGCAGAAAAUGUCUGAUCAACCUCACCAUCCUCCUACCGCUACUGGCAGUCUAGUUCAGCAAGGGAUUGAAAAGAAGAAGCCAACUUCCCCAGUAAAACCUAUGCCACAGAGCAGUGAGUAUAGAGCAAAAAUGAUAAAGCGACCAGAAGCCCCCAGUAACUUAUCAGAAGCAGCAUCAUAUCCUGAUGAAAACACUGAAACAAAAAGAACAGACUGUAAAAUAGGUCCCAGAGGGUUCGCAGACAAGACUGCCAAUCCUGAAGAAAGAACACGUCCAGGUUUUGCCUUUGAUUCUCCGCAUCAUUACACUCCAAUUGAAGGCACCCCUUAUUGUUUUUCACGAAACGAUUCACUAAGUUCACUUGACUUUGAAGAUGACGAUCUCGAUCUUUCUAAAGAAAAGGCUGAGCUUCGAAAAAACAAGGAACACAGAAAAGCACCGCCUUCAAAAAGCCACCAAGAGCGUUCUGAAAAUGCCAACAGAGUGACUUCUUUUCAGAGUUCCUCAGCCAAGCCUCUUCAAAAAACAAAUUACCCAAUGGCAUCCAAAGAAAACACAGGACCAGUGCCUGAUGAAAAGCAGAACUUUGCAAUUGAAGACACUCCUGUGUGUUUUUCAAGAAAUUCCUCUCUGAGUUCACUAAGUGACAUUGAUCAAGAAAACAACAACAAAGACUGUUCACACAAAGACGACCCACCUCAAGUGGAAAUGCCCAGGCCUCAAGUGUCUGGCUAUGCUCCGAAAGCCUUUCAUGUUGAGGACACUCCUGUUUGUUUCUCUCGAAAUAGUUCUCUCAGCUCACUUAGUAUUGAUUCUGAAGAUGACCUUCUACAAGAGUGUAUCAGUUCUGCAAUGCCAAAGAAAAAGAAGCAGCCACCAAGAAGUAAGAGUGAUGAGCAAGGGGUUAAAGAGGAGAAAAGCCUGAUGGCUGAUGGCAUUUUAGCAGAAGAACCAGACCUCAUUCUCGAUCUCACGGAUACCCACAGCCCUAUUUCAGAGCAAGGCUUAUCACCAGACUCCGAAUCAUUUGACUGGAAAGCCAUUCAAGAAGGUGCCAAUUCAAUCGUUAGCAGUUUACACCAGGCUGCUGCCAGUCUGUCUAGGCAAGGCUCGUCUGAUUCAGACUCUAUUCUUUCUCUGAAAUCUGGUAUAUCUAUUGGGUCCCCUUUCCACCUGCCUGCAAAUCAAGAUGAUAAUAAGACUGCUUCUCAAAAAGGACCAAGAAUUUUAAAACCUGGUGAGAAAGGCACUUUGGAGAACAAAAAGAAAGAUGAAGAAGCUGCAAAAAGCUUAAAAGGUGGCAAGAAAGUGUAUAAAAGUCUUAUCACUGGAAAACCACGACCAAGUCUUGAGAGCAUAGCCUCUCAACAGAGACAACCUCAAGUUCCUGUGGUUCCAAGAGGAAGAACAAUGGUUCAUGUGCCCGGAGUGAGAAGCAGUUCUCCCAGUACCAGCCCCAUCCCAAAAAAGCCUCCUACACGUGGCCAGAUUGCAAAACCCCCAGUCCAGGGACCAAAUUCAGGAAACUCACCAAGAACCAUGAAGACGCCAUCAAAGUCAGAUCCUAGCCCAGCCAGAGAGACGCCUGUGCCUCAAGGAGGGUCAAGCAAAACCCCUUCACGAUCAGGAUCCAGAGAUUCCACACCAUCAAGACCACCUCAACAGUCUCUUGCUAGACCCAUGCAGUCUCCUGGUCGCAACUCUAUCUCACCAGGCAGGAAUAGCCUAACUCCUAACAAAUUUUCCCAGAUUCCUCGGACCGUUUCCCCUAGUGCUGCAUCGAAACCCCCAGGCUCUGGCCGAAUGUCUUAUGCUUCUUCAGGAAGACAGUUGGGUCAGCAAACUCCUCCAAAACAAACUGGGCUGCCAAGAAGUGCCAGUGGUAUACCAAGGAGCGAAUCUGCCUCCAAAAGUCUAAAUCAGACUGGAUCCACGGGCCCUUCAAAAAAGGCAGAGUUGUCUCGGAUGUCCUCCACAAAAUCAAGUGGGAGUGAGUCUGACCGAUCAGAGAAGCCUGGACUUGUUCGCCAGUCCACGUUUAUCAAAGAGGCACCUAGUCCAACACUUAAAAGGAAAUUAGAAGAAUCUGCUUCCUUCGAGUCCUUGUCUCCUUCUUCUCCUAGCCAGUCACAAACACCAGUAUCAAGCCCAUCUUUACCAGACAUGUCUCUUAGUUUGCCCUAUCAAGCAGGCAACUGGAGAAAGUCCCCUCAAAGCCAAAACUCAUCUGAAAAUGGAGAUGGGAAGGCAUCUAAACGUCAGGAUGCCUCCCGGUCUCAUUCGGAGAGCCCCUCAAGGCUCCCAGUUAACAGAACAGGGACAUGGAAACGGGAGCACAGCAAACAUUCAUCUUCUCUUCCAAGGGUUGGAACUUGGAAAAGAACGGGCAGUAGCUCCUCCAUACUGUCUGCGUCAUCCGAGUCCAGUGAUAAAGGCAGAAGUGAGGAUGAACGUCAGCCAUCGAAUCCGCCUCAGAGAUCUGGACAAAACAAGGAGGGUGGACUAGAAAGGAAAGGAACAUGGAAGAAGGUGAAAGACUGUGAAACUGGACCACCCAUGACUCUAGACCUACCAGAUUUAACAAGUGAUUCAGCCAGUGCCCAAUCCAAGAAUGAGGAUGUCUGGGUGAGAAUAGAAGAUUGCCCUAUUAAUAGCCCUAGGUCUGGCAAGUCACCGACCGGAAACACACCUCCAGUAAUCGAUGGUUUUUCUGGAAAACUACACCCCAGUGAUUGGGACUUGACUGAAAUGCAGCAUAAGCAGCCAACAAUCAACGAGCAUCCAGCCGGUCGGCGUCCUGGAUCGGAAACUAAUCUGAACUUGAUCAGAAGUUGUGAGAGCCUUGAGAAAAAGGUGACUGACAUCAAGCCUGUCUUAAGCAAUCCCAAUAUUGCCACAGAAGUCCAUGAGCUCACCAUUGCUGAGCGCACGCCUUUCAGCUCUACCAAUUCCAGCAAACACAGCUCCCCUAGUGGGGCUGUCGCUGCUAGAGUUAGUCCUUUUAAUUACACGCCAAGCCCUAGAAAGAGCAGCGUUGAAGGUCUAAUGCCGAGACCAUCUCAAAUCCCUACUCCAGUUAACAGUAGUGUCAAGAAGAGAGACUCCAAAUCUGACACAACCGAGAGUGGGUCCUAUAUUGUCACGUCUGUGUAAAAACUUUGUGUAUUGGACAGAAUAAUACUUAACCUAACUUGGUAUCAUUUUAGUUUUAUUUUGGGACGGGGCGUAUUGUAGUUAAAUGAGAUGUAUGACUGUACUUUUGCUGGUAGAAUUGUAACAGGUGCACUUGGUUAAUGAGAGAUGAGAGAGUAGGACUGCAAAGGGUAUUAUUUGUACAGAUUUAAUUAUGUAUAUAUUUAAUUUAAACUUACGGCAAGAUGUAUCUUGCUUAACCUGACCUAGAUAAUGCCAUAUUCGGGGUGUUAAAAUACCUUUGGUGGACCUCAUCACUAAUGAAUUUAAUUUUUAAGCAAAACUGUACAUCUCGAUUAAUUCCAUUCAACUUAUUUUUAUUGCCACCUAUUGUAUGUUAUGACUUCUGUUCCUUGCAUGAUCUGAUCCGAUGUUCUGCUGUUUCUUGAAGGUGGACACAUGCUGUACUGUUAGCUGUAGCGUAAUAUUUUACACUUUCGUCUGUGCUUUUCUGACUUUGGAAAAAAGGCUGAUAUUUACAGUGGACAUAGAUGAUAUAAAAGAUAGAUAGAUUCAUUGCUCUGAUGUUCGUGUAUACUGUUUGCAGGUCAGCUAAAUAUCUUCAAAAUGACAGUUUGGUCUUGGAAAAACUGAAGUUAUUUCUCAUUUAAAUUAUUACUGUAGGGUUUGGUGUUUGUACCCUUUUUUAAAAACCUGUUUACACUUACACUUUAUUUAAAGUAAUUGUGAAAGCACAUGAUCAGAUAUACUCCUGACAAAAAAACUUGAAUAAUCUCUUUUAUCUUCCGUGUAAUAAAUUAGGCUGACGUUUGACAUGCAUUUCAAAUUAAAUAGCAAAUCAGCAUAAUAAACCUAAUUAUUUGGUGCGUGUUGAUUCAUGUGUGUAAUGAACCCGAAUGUUUACAUACCUUAUGAUAUUUUUUUGGUUUUCAUUGCCUCUCAAUAAA